AUGGCGGAUGGUGAUGAAGAUUGCGAUCAAGUGGAGCAAGAAAAUGAACUUUCUGCCUUAACUUCGAUCUAUGAUUUAGAUACAUUCCAGCCACACGAUGAAACGGCAAAUCAAUUAGGAGGAAUACUGUAUGCGAUGGUUAAUAUCCCACCGUCAUUUCAAGUGAUCGUUGAAAGAAGCCAAGAUCAAGUGCAAACUUACGCCAUUAGCUACCUGCCCGCCAUUUGCCUGGAAUUCACUUUGCCAAAGUGUUAUCCUAGCCUCCGGCCACCUACAUUUACAAUAUCUUGUUGCUGGCUUAAUAAAUUUCAGCUCUCGCUUCUUUGCGAACAUUUGGAUCAAAUAUGGGAGGACAACACAGGCUGCGUUGUCCUAUUCGAUUGGUUUCAAUUUCUAACCGAUGAAGCAAUCGAUAAAUUAGGCAUUUUACAAUCAGUAUGCUUACACUUAAAGAGUAAAAAAAGUGCUACUACCUCACAAGAAGAAGAUCUAUCCGAUCCAGUACGAGUCGUUGAUCCACGUGUUGUACAAGAAAUACCAUCGCUAAAUAUGAUCAUGGAAAGGAUUAUUACGUUUAAUGAACAAACUAUCGAUAGAAAUUUCAUCAACGGCUAUCAUGCUUGUAAUAUAUGUUUCGAUGAAAAAUCUGGCGCCGAUUGUGUCCAAUUGCAACCUUGUCAACAUGUUCAUUGCAAAGAUUGUGUCAGUAAUUACAUCACGGUCAUGAUUGAUGAUGGUAAAGUCAAUCCCAUCGCCUGCCCAAGUCAAGAGUGUUCCUCUCAAAUAUUACCAUUAAUGAUUCAACGACUCGUUAGUAAUGAAUAUUACGAGAGAUAUGAACAACUACAACUACGCUCUGCUCUAGAGACUAUGUCUGAUGUUGUCUACUGCCCUAGAUUAUCCUGUCAAACGGCCGUUUUAGUAGAGAAAAAUAGCCUUUUAGGACGCUGUCCUGGCUGCCAAUAUGCAUUUUGCAUUAAAUGUCAACGAGCCUAUCAUGGCGUCGUGCCAUGUACACUCAGUCCUAAAGAUGCACGCGAAUUAUGCGAGCGCUACAUGAACGGUAAUGCUGAAGAACGCCUUGAAAUGGUCAAACUCUAUGGUGAGCAAAAGUUACACAAAGUUAUAGAGCAAAUUCAAAGCGAAGACUGGCUACAAAAAAAUAGCAAACGAUGCCCAAGAUGUAGAGCUGAUAUCGAAAAGAAAGAUGGUUGUAAUAAAAUGCAUUGUGUUAUAUGUCAUGGUAACUUUUGCUGGAUUUGUCUACAAAAACUAGAUAAACAUAGACCAUAUAUUCAUUUUUCUAAUCCCAGUAGCCGAUGCUUCAACAAGUUAUUUGACGGAAUUGUUCAACAUGAUGACAGCGACGAUGAUGAUGAAUUUUGGUAA